CUUAUGCUUUCGAACAAAGCCCUAAGCAAAAUGCCGUGGAAGAGAACGCUCCCGCCCCAUGUUAUCGAGGUGAAGUUGGAGGAGCAGCCCCCUAGCGAACCCAUCGACGGCGACGGCGAGGAGGAAAUAAGUCAAGACGAAGAAGAGGAGGACGAAGAUGAAGAUGAAGAUGAUGAAGAUGAAGAUGAAGAUGACGAAGAAGAGGAUGAGGAGGAAAAUAAUGAAGUCGAGGACGAAGAGGAGGAGGACUUCUCGAGCAAAGAAUCCAUCCGUAAGCUACUCGAGCCUUUCGGCAAGGAGCAAUUGAUGGAAAUCUUUAAGGAGGCCGUCGUCAAGAAUCCCUCUCUCCUCUCCCGUAUAAUGAAUGAGGCCGAGACCGACCCCGUAAACCGCAAUAUCUUCGUCCAUGAUCUUGACUGGAACGCCACCUCCGAGGCCUUAGCUGCCGCCUUUUCUCCCUUUGGUCAGAUCGAGGAUUGCAGGGUCAUCAAGAACCAACGCACCGGGCGAUGUAAAGGCCAUGGUUACGUUCUCUUCCGCACCCGGGCUGCGGCCAAGAGAGCUCUCAAGGAUCCCCUGAAGAUAAUCGGUGGCCGCGCGACCAAAUGCCGGCUCGCUUCCUUCGCCCCCUAUGCCGCAGCCGUGCAAGCCCGAGCUCCAGCAACAGUUGCUGGAAAGAAUUUUCGGGUUGGGCUGCUUAAUCCUGCAGCAGGCUUGUCUCCUGCAUUGAGUGGGAGAGUUGCUGCUGUUUCUCAUCAGCCUUAUACAGUUGGAGAUGCUGGCAUUCCUCCACAGUCUUAUGCUGGUCGACCAGUUGGAUCAGCUAGGGGAUCUGUGGUUAGUGUAAACAGUAUAAGCCCGAGUGUAAUCGGGAAUUAUGGAUCCCUAGCAGCGCUCCAUGGUUUGGGAGCUUACCAGAAUUCAGCACCCUCUGCAGCUAUCAGGCCUCAGACAGGAGUUGGUUCUUGGGGAGCAAGUGGGUUGGGACCUUUCUACGGGCAGUAAGUUUUGCAUGACCCUGAACUUGAAGGUGUGACUGAAGAUAUUCUUGCUUUAACAGUAAAUCGAGUUGAAGAUGAACCUGGGGAAAGUUAAGUAAUAUAUGGUGUGACUGAAGAUAUUAUGCAAUUAGCCAACUACUAUAAAUUCUGUCAGUAUUUAUGUAUUAUAUGACCUGGGGAAGUUCUUUUACAGGACCUGCACUUUUCUUGAAUAUUUCUGUUAUUAAGCUGCUACUGAAAAGUGAAAAUUGACUUAAACCGUCUUGUGAGUUGGGAAUGAGU